AACCGUGUUAAACUAAUCCUUAUGAAUGUGUUUAUUCAAGACUUUAAGCCUUAAGUAUUUAUUUUAAAUUCAACUGAAUCAUUUUGCUCUACAAUUUCAGGAGUUUURCCUACAAGGAAUGGCAAAUGUGGUGCGACUGGAUGAACUCCAUCCCACACUCGCUACAGAUGAACGGCCUGAUGUCUUUGUGUUUCAUCAUGUGGUUCUGAAGCUGACUCGGGUACUGGAAAGUCUUCUGACACUCUGUGCACCUGCGGAAACAAAAGAAAUGAGUGGAGCUGCUGUUUCCGUGUGCCUCCUCUUCAUCCUGUCUGUCUGUUCAGCGUGUUACAUCUCCAACUGUCCCAUUGGUGGGAAGAGGUCGAUCAUGGAUGCACCACUGCGCAAGUGCAUGUCCUGUGGCCCCGGAGACCGGGGUCGCUGCUUCGGCCCCAGUAUCUGCUGCGGGGAKGGUCUCGGCUGCCUGCUGGGCUCCCCGGACUCGUCCCGCUGUGUGGAGGAGAACUACCUGCUCACCCCCUGCCAGGCUGGAGGGAGACCCUGUGGAUCUGAGGGGGGUCGCUGCGCCGCCUCAGGUCUCUGCUGUGAUGCAGAAAGCUGCACCACAGAUCAGUCCUGCCUCUCCGAGGACGACUCAGACAACCAAAGCAGCCAGUUUGACGGCGGCGACCCGGGCGACGUCAUCCUCAGGCUCCUCCACCUGGCCAGCCACACCUCUCACCGAACCCACCAAUGAGCGACUCCCUCUCUACCAGCACGAAAGGGGACUUGUGUUUCCUGCUGUAUAGUUGUGUUUCUAAAUGUCUGUCAUCACUUUUGGCUUUUUUCUCUUGGAGUUGCAUUUGUUGAAAUAUUUUUUUAUGGAUGGAAGAUCAUCCAGAUUUCUGCAUAAAUAAAGUUUGGAGAGUAUAAACCUUUCA